AUGACCCAUAUGACUACUGAAGAGGUUCGGGUCCGUGGGCACAUCCAGGCCAUUUACCACGAGCGGAUCAAAAUGCUCAAACCCCAAACCUACAGAGUCUUGAAAGUCCAUUGCACCGGCAACGUCGAGAUCGGUGGGAACGGUGAGCGGCGGGCGCCCUGGAAGUCGAGCAGAGAUGGCCGCCCAUCGGUGACCCAGACUGCGCACGCCUUCUCUCAGGAUGUUAUCCUCUUCGGGCGUCCAGCUCGUCAGCCUCCUCUGUGCCAGGGGAUCAAGAAUAUCGUUGUAUCGCUUGGAGCAUUGGUCGUCCUUUCGCCCGGGGAUGAGGGACGCGAUCUCGUGCCAUGA